CUGUAGCACUGGAUACAGCAGAUUUAAAGCUCUUGCUGGAGUUGAUCUUGAAGAAGGUAAAAAAUCUCUUUGUAAAAGAAUUUUGAGUCCUGACAGAAAUUGGUUAGGAUAGUUUAAGUGCCAACCAGGCCUAGACGAGCCGAACGGCCCGGACUCCAGACGCCAUUGGCCCACAGCCCCAGCCCGGCCGUCGGAUCAACAUCAACCGUCAGGAUGCAGAGGCUGACGACCCCACAACGCUAUCCGAUUCGGCCGUCCCCCACUUCGCCGGACGGAGCUUGGGGAAGGGGAAGGGGGAAGGGUGGCGACGGAGGCGCUGCAGGCAGCAGAGCGCUGGUGUCAAAGAAACCAAAGAAAGAGCAUCAUUUGUGGAUUAGGAAGGAGACAUCCGGGUCGGGGAAGAAGGCUCUCCGUCUUGUUGAUACCGUUUCAAAGUUACAAAAUGAAAGGGAAGCUAUUUAUGGUGCAUUGGACAAGUGGAGUGCUUUUGAGCCUGAAUUUCCUAUUAUAGCAGCAGCAAAAGCUUUGGGGAUGUUGAAAAGGCGAAGACAAUGGCUAGGAAUCAUCCAGGUAACCAAGUGGCUGAUGAGCAAAGGCCAGGUGCUGACAUGGACAACACAUGACACGCUUCUAUUGGCGCUUUUUAUGGAUGGAAGGGUAGAUGAGGCGGAGUCAGUUUGGAAUACUAUAAUACAUACUCAUACACGCUCAGUGCCCAAAAGAUUGUUCUCUCGGAUGAUCUUGAUGUAUGACAUUCACCAUCGUCCAGACAAAAUUUUGGAGAUAUAUGCUGACAAGGAGGAAUUAGGGGUGCGUCCAGAUGAGGAUACAAGGAGGAUUGGAAGAGCAUUUUUGACUUUUGGCCAGGAAGAUAAAGAGAGGUUUGUCCAUGAGAAAUACUUGAAAAAGUGGAAGUACAUCCAUUUCAACGGUGAGCGUGUUCGGGUGUGGAGGGACGGACCAUUGGCGUAGUAACUAUUCUCUGAACUGCUUGUAGCCAACCUAACAAUAUCAUAUCGGUUGGGAAGAUGUCAUCAUUGUCUCUACGAAAGUCCUACAGACAGUUAUUGCCAUUCCUCGUAUCGUAUGUGAGAUGGAACAAAGCCGAGAGAUUGUGUUUCUCUAACCUCUAUGAACAAAUGAAGAGCGAAUGGGUAGACUAGCAACUGGCCGUUACUAACAAGAUAGUGGUUUAGGUAUUCUGCAUCCAAUGGUUGUGAUGGUUCAAACUGGUUAGUUUAACUUGUGUAUGUGUUUGUGUAGGGCAUUUAAAUUUCAUUGGAAUGAUCUUGUGCUAUGUAAUCUUUUUUUAUGAACUAAAUAUGUAAGGGUGUAUUUGGUUGGAGGAUAACGUUGGAU